UGUGUCCUCAAAACCCCAAAUAUUAUUCAAGUCGCGCCAUCCUGCAGUUGCACUUCCCAUUUUAAUUUUAGCAUAGAUACAGAUAGAUUGAUACUGAGCUAGGGUUUAUCUUCUCCAAAUCUCGGCAUAGCAAUUGAUGGCUGAGGUAAUGGACGUCCCCGUCGACGGCCUGGAUCGCCGUCCUGAACAAAGUAACGACAAUCCCGACAAGUCCGCCGACGAUGUCGAGCCUUCUCCACCACCACCACCACCUCCUCCUCAGUCACGGCGAGGCCGGGACCGGGACUCUAGGGAGCGGAGGGAUGACCGAGACUUUGAUAGACGAGGUGGCCGGGGGGACUACUCCGAUCGCAACCGGUCCCCACCACCCCCGCCCCUUCGGGAGCGUGACCACAAGCGGAACCGCCUCAGCUCCAGCCCUCCUCUCCCUCCCUACCGUGAUCGCCGACGCUCGCCGCCACAUCCGCCAUACAAGCGCUCUCGGAGGGAUGAGUAUGAUGGCCGCCGUGGAAGUCCUAGAGGUGGCUAUGGACCUGGUGAACGGAGAUUUGGUGGUGGGUAUGACUAUCCAAUUGGUCAUGAGAGAGACAUGGGGGGGAGGCCUGGAUAUCCAGAUGAGAGGCCUCAUGGUCGAUACAUUGGGCGUUCAUCUGGUGGGUUCCAAGACUGGGAUUCUAGUCGAAGUGGAUUUGGUGAUACUUUUGUAACACGAGGCUCUCAAAGAGAAGGAUUGAAGUCCUAUAAGCAGUUCAUUCAGGAGCUUGAAGAUGAUAUCUUGCCAGCUGAAGCUGAGCGAAGGUAUCAAGAGUAUAAGUCUGGAUAUAUAGAGGCCCAGAAAAGAGCAUAUUUUGAUGCACACAAAGAUGAAGAAUGGUUAAAAGACAAAUAUCACCCUACAAAUUUAGUCUCUGUUAUAGAAAGGAGAAAUGAGCGUGCACGGAAAAUGGCAAAAGAUUUCCUCCUUGAUCUUCAAAGUGGAACAUUAGAUUUAGGUCCUGGUGUUACCCCUACUCCCUCAAACAACACAGGACAGUCUAGUGAGCCCAAUUCUGAUGAUGAAGCAGAUGCUGGUGACAAAAGAAGACGGCAUGAUAGGGGGCCAUCCAAAGAUGCGAGGUUACUUUCAGAUGCUCCAAAGGCUCACCCAGUCAGUUCUGAGCCAAGACGAAUUUGCAUUGAUGUUGAACAGUCUCAGACACUUGUGGCAAAGCUUGAUUCAGAAAAGGGAAUCGAAGAAAACAUAUUAUCUCGGUCUGAUAAUGAUAGAGGGAGCAGGGACAAGUCUAAUAGCAGUUCCUCUGGCCCAGUUGUUGUUAUAGUAAGGGGAUUAACUUCAGUUAAAGGUCUUGAGGGAGCUGAGCUUUUGGAAACUCUUCUAACCUAUCUCUGGCGCAUUCAUGGAGUGGAUUAUUAUGGUAUGAUUGAAACAAAUGAAGCCAAGGGCCUCAGACAUAUGAGAUUUGAUGGCAAGAAUACUGAGACAAGUAGUAAUGGGGCUGAUUGGGAAAGAAAACUAGAUUCACGUUGGGAAGAGAGGCUGAAAGGACAAGAUCCUCUGGAGGUCAUGACUGCUAAGGAGAAAAUUGAUACCGCUGCAGUUGAAGCUUUAGAACCUUAUGUCCGCAAAAUUAGGGAUGAGAAGUAUGGGUGGAAGUAUGGUUGUGGAGCCAAGGGUUGUACAAAACUCUUUCAUGCCGCUGAGUUUGUUCAUAAACACUUAAAGUUGAAGCACCCAGAAUUGGUGUUGGAGCUGACUUCUAAAGUGCGCGAGGAUUUAUACUUCCAGAAUUACAUGAGUGACGAAAGUGCACCUGGUGGGACGCCUGUUAUGCUGUCAUCUCUGCCGAAAGAGAAGUUGCAGAGGCGCAGGCCUAGUCUAGAGAGCCGACUGAAGGAUGAUAGAGGCAACAGAAGAGAACGCAAUGGCCGUGUAAAUGGAGUUGAAAGAUUUGAUAGGCCUGAGAACCCGCUGUCAUCGGAUAUCCAGUCCAACGAUGAUGGGGGAAGAAACCCUGAUGAGCAAAUGUUUGAUUCAUUUGGCGGACAUGGGAUUCCAGUUGCUGCUUUCCCUUCAGAUAUAACUCCUCCCCCUGUGUUGAUGCCUGUUCCUGGGGCUGGUCCAUUGGGUCCUUUUGUUCCUGCACCUCCUGAAGUUGCAAUGCAGAUGUUACGAGAGCAAGGUGGCCCUGCUCCAUUUGAAGGUGGGAGAAAUGGGAGGCAAGGCCCACAAAUAGGUGGACAAGCCCCCAUCAUUGCUUUACCUCCUUCACUUCGGCAGGAUCCUAGGCGCAUACGAAGCUACCAAGAUCUUGACGCACCUGAGGAUGAAGUCACUGUGAUAGAUUAUCGGAGUUUGUAGAGUCAUACACAUGCAAAUACACACCCUUAUCUCUUCUUAUUCCAUUCUAGCCCUGUGAAAGGAAAGGUUUUCACAUCAGUAGCAUUUCUCUUGCAAACUUUUUAUGUUCUCUACUAAUACUUUACCCGGCGGCAAGUAGGGUUUUUUUCUUCUUCCAGUUUUGUAGUUCCCAACGUUCUUUGUAUUCUCUUCCUGCCAUUGCGAAGUCGAUUCGUAUAUUGAGAUGAGAUUUUAAAUGUGCAGUCCACCAUAUUUGAAUUAAAUGUGAUGAAUUGCAGAUUUAAUUCUGACGAAUUUA